AUGUCCAUUCAAAAAGUUCCUAAAAAUGUAUCAAAAAUUAUGGGAACAUGUCUUAUUUUAAAGCCAAUUAUGGUUGCACCUACUUUUGAACUUAAAGAAUCUAUUUAUAAUACUUUUUAUCAAGGUUUAUAUAAAUUAAAAGUUGAAAAAAAUUUUUCAAAAGGAAAAUUAAUUAAUGGUGCAAAUAAGGCAAUCAUUUCAUCAGCACAAUGUAUAAAAGAUCAAAAAUGGGAUGAUUUUUCAAAUAUUGCUAAAAGUAAUGUAAUUAAAGAUUUGGUAGAAGCAAUGAAUAAGAAAAGUGAUGAAGAUAAGGAAUCAUUAGAAAAAUUAUUGAAUGCUUGUUCAAAAUUUAAUUGA